UUUUUGUUGUUUUUACUUCGUCUGUCUAUCUUCGUAGUCUUCGUCAAUCUUGUACCUCCACAGCUUCCUGCUCAGACCGACUUCAGACACGGAAUUCCGCGGUCCCCUUCCCUCUACCAUUCUACCUUCCUAAACCCUAAAAGUCAUAUGUACUACAACAUGAAAGUCACCGGCGCUUCAAUCGUCUCCACAUUGCGCUUCCCUUACAGUAACACUUUCCAUCGGCUCUUCCCUUCCCAAUUCCUCCCCUCAUCUUCUUCCCUCUCGUUUUCAUCCUGUUACGAAAGAACAAUGCCUCAGUCUCAGGCCCGUUGCUCUGCCACUUAUUCUUCUCCGGCUUCCGACGCCGUUGUGCCGUCGAAUGCCCCGUUGGUUAGGCCUAAACAACACCCAUGGCUUAUUGUUGGCCUGGGGAAUCCUGGGAAGAUGUAUCAGGGUACUCGCCAUAACGUGGGUUUUGAGAUGGUUGAUGCAAUAGCUGAAGUGGAGGGGAUAUCAGUGAGUACUAUCUCCAACAAAGCCCUUUUUGGAAGAGGUUUUAUUGGCAAUAUCCCUGUAAUGCUGGCAAAGCCACAAACUUUCAUGAAUGCAAGUGGUGAGUCUGUUGCGCCCAUUGUAUUGUAUUACAAGGUGCCACUGAAUCAAGUGCUGUUGAUAUAUGAUGACUUGGAUUUGCCUUUUGCCAAGUUGAGAUUGUUGCCAAAAGGUGGCCAUGGUGGACACAAUGGGAUGAGAAGUGUCAUUGAUCGCCUCAAAGGUAGUCGAGAUUUUCCUAGGUUAAGAAUCGGUAUCGGGCGGCCUCCUGGGAAAAUGGAUGCUGUUAACUUUGUUAUGCGCCCAUUCAACAGACAAGAACGUGAAGAGUUAGAUAUGACAUUUCAACAAGGCAUUGAAGCUGUGCGAAUUCUGUUGCUCGAGGGGUUUAACAAGAGUGCAACAUUUGUCAACAGUUCCAAAUCCAUGGAGCAACUUGGUUAGUUAACAGCUGAAUUAGGAUCACCAUUGUUUACAAAUUGGUUCAGAGAAUAAUGUCCAGUGCAGAUUAAAUCCGCAAAGAAAAAGGAGGAAGAAGCUAGAUUUUGGACGAGGAGAUUAAUCUUUGUCGACCUGAUCUAUUAGAAGCUCGGUAGUCAUUCCCACCUUUUCUGAACAGAAAUUGUUGAUUAUCCACCAUUGGGAUUUCAGUCAAAUACAAGAAGAUAUACUAGGAAGGUAAUCAUUUAACGUCUGGAUUGCCUAGUGUUGCAUUCACAUCUGAUUGGAUAUGUUUUUGUGGUUAGGUACUACUUAAUGGAUAAGUAUUCGAAUAUGGAACCUCCAG